GCAACAUCGGGUGACGGUCAGAACUGCCAUCAAAAUUAAGUCACGCGAAGUAAAAAAAAAUGUAAAUUACCAACUGUUGUAAAAUAUUUUAUGAAAAAACAAAUAGUCUUUAAAAUAAUUAGUUUAGAAACAACCAACUAUGAGAUGCUGUGUAAACGAAUUUAGUACAACAUGUGAAGUUUAAGUGAUUUUUUAAUUGUUUGUUUUUUGUAUACACUUUAAAAAAAAUUAAGACUAAGGUUUCUUUUUUAUAUCGAUUAUAUUAAAAGCGUAGCUGCUGUUACGCUCACAUACUAUAUGAAGCAACCAUGCCUUAUUCCUCACUGUUUAUAAACAGAAUAAAGUUAGUAAAACUUUGUUAUUGAAAUAUCAUAUUUACAAAAACUUCAUAAAAAUGAAUGAAGACAUGACAGCUGAUGUGGACCCGUUGAGUACGUACUUAAGCUAUCCUCUAAACAACUAUUCCUCACCGCUUGAAUACCAGAAUGCUGUUAAACAGGAGAACUAUGGAUUCAGCGUCUAUGACAACACUAUCACUCAACAGGCACCUGUUGACAAUGGUAGCGUAAUUAACGGAACUGCUGACGACAAAAUAGAUAUAUCUAGUGGUAAUAAUGAACAAAAUAACACAAAUACAACACCAUUAGUUGAUUUCAAACCAUGUUUACCGACGAGACGGAGAAAGAUAAAGAAAGAAAAGAGUUCAUAUUUCUCCGAGAAGAUCAUGGACAAAGAUUUCCCGUUCUAUGGCUGUGCUGUUUGCAAUAUAAAUUUUAAGACCCUCCAUGAAUUAGAUUCCCAUGUGCCCAUUCAUAAAGACAGGAUAACUAGCUACGAUCUGAGAAUAAAGAAUCAGAUCAAAAAGAAGAAACUACAGAAAGAAAUGAGGAAGAAUAAGAAAGCGAAGAAGAAUAUCAAGAAGGAGUUCUCUGUUGAAAUUGACAUUAAACCCGAGGACGGAUACAUCGGUGAUAAGAAAGCCUCGGAAUUUGUAACAGAAUCCGACAACCAGAGCUCGAAAGAAAACAACGUGAAUAUAGAACGCAAUGAGGAAAACCAGCAGAAUGGACCCUCGAAGUUGAGCACUCUGGACAAAAAUGACGAGGAUCUGGCCAAGAGACAGGAGAGAAUGAAUUUACAAAAGAUAUAUAAAUGUUUUGCAUGCCAAAAGCAGUUCAUGCUGAGCUAUUACUUGAAGCUGCAUGUACGAUCUCAUACAGAUGAGAAGCCCUACUCGUGCAGCCAGUGCGGCCAGGCCUUCAUCACCGCGAGCAAGCUCGGGAGGCACAAUAAGAGGUAUCACCUCGCGGUCAGGCACCAGUGCAGGAUAUGCUAUAGGUUCUUCUCCAGAUUCGAAUUCCUAACUCGUCAUUUCGAUAAAAAACACCCUGACGAUAAAUUGGAGGGUGAGCCGUACGACUACAACGCCAUCCUGCCGUACCUGAAAGAAUUGGAAGCGGAGCUAAAAGAGAAAUCGGAAUCAAAGAAAGAAGAUGACACAGAAGAAUCGUGGUCGGAGCCCGGGAAGGACAACAAGGAUUAUAUUAUCAAAGAAGAAUUGCAAAUUGAAGAGGUGAAAGUCGAUAUGGAUGUUGAAAUUAAGUUCGAGACGGAAGUAGAGGAGGCGGAGGGGAAGGAGGGAGUCAAGGAGGAGCUGCCGGGGGAGGGGGACGUGAAGGAGGAGGGGAGCGGCGGGGAGAGUCUGGGUGGAGGGGAUGAGAGGGGGGGUCAGGAUGACAACUCUGAUUCCGACUACUUCCCUCCAUCCACGUGGGCGGCGCCCCCGGCCUCCGCCCCCGGUCUCAGCUGUCACGUGUGCAACAAGACGCUCAGCACGAGGAGCUACAUGCGAAUACACAUGCGGACACACACCGGGGAGAGGCCCUACAAGUGCUACGUGUGCGGCGCGGGCUUCAUCACCAGCAGCAAGAUGAACAGGCACGUCCUCACGCACCCGGAGACGUGGGACGAGGACGGAGUGAAACAAGAAAAUAAAGAAGGAAUGAAGACGGAGAGUAAAGAAGAAGAUGAUGACGUCAACGACAAGAAGAAAGUGAAGAUGAAAGCUGUUCUGGCUAAGUUCUCGAAGAAACAGAAGAAUGGAGAGAAGAAAAGAAGUUCCCAGAAGAGACCGCACGCCUGCGAGUACUGCCAGAAGAGGUUCCUACACCUGGAGACCUUGCAGGUACAUAAGAAGUCCCACUCCGGGGAGCUCCUGCGCCACGAGUGUCACUACUGCCUGGCCGAGCUGGGAGACGCGGCCGCGCUCAGGGUGCACGAGGAGGAACACGAGGGUACACAGGGGACGCAGGGGACACCCGCCCGACCCUACCUGUGUACCAUAUGCGGGAACACGUACCAGAAGAGAGAGAGCAUGAUCUACCAUCGCAAGGGCCACACGUCCUCCAAGUCGUUCCCGUGCCCGCUGUGCCCGGCCAGCUUCUCCGCGUCCUGCAAGCUGUCUCGGCACGCCCUCACCCACCGGACGGCGCGCUACACGAUGCGCUUCGAGUGCCCCGUGUGCGCGCACAUGUUCAACACCAAGUACCACAUCCAGAUGCACCUCACCACCCACCAGAAGGAGGGCCUUAUCCAGGAGGAGAACAGGAACGAGAUCCUGGCGAUGGUGCUGCAGAACGCCCGCAAGAUACCCAAGACGCCGGAGGUAGCGGUCAGCGACGCGCUCCAGCCGGACGAGAGGAGCCGCGUGUGCAACAUAUGCGGCGAGGUGUUCCAGCACUUCUACUUCCUGGAGGAGCACCUCAAGAGCCACGGGUCGAAGAUAGCCAUCGACGACAAGGAAGACGCCAAGAAGCACAUCUGCACGGUCUGCAACAAGGGCUUCAAGCUGCACUACUACCUCAAGCUGCACAGCUUCACUCACACCAAGGAGAAGCCGUUCAUCUGCCAGCAGUGCGGGAAGGGCUUCAUCACGAGGGGGAAGCUCAAGCGGCACCUCGAGACCCACACGGGCCUCAAGAAGUACCAGUGCCACAUAUGCUACAAGUUCUUCACCAGGCCCAGCUACCUGAGGAUCCACGUGCGGACCAUCCACGGCACCCAGGACUACAACUUCCGCUUGGAGAAGCAGUACGGGCUCACCUCGCUCCCGGUCGCGGACCGGAUGUGACGUGAGCUGAUGGCCGCGUGAUAUCUGCGUGUAGACAUCCGGUAACAGUCGUGAAGCGCGCUUUGAUGCGGCGUGCUGAACAGCUGGACGAGGUGGCGGUCCUCCCUGCGGUACUUAUAUUGUUGAUCCGUGCGUGUAAAUAAGGUUAAAGAGUUUUUAUAUAAGAAAAUGUCAAUUUAAUAAAAAUACAAACGCACUUGUUUAUUAUUUUGUUGAGUUUAAGAAAGAAUAUAUCAAUAAACGGCUCGGUUUUUAA